AUGGGCUGCGUGGAAUUGGCGGAGCGACAAAGACAUGCCGAGGCAACGGCGGUCGCCGCGGCUAGAGCCGAUCCCGAAUCCGGCGACGACAUGCUGCUCGACGACACGGGCAGCCGCGUCGAGCAGCGCCUGGCACCCGUCGAUGGCGGAUUCGCCGCCUGGCGGCUCUUGUGGGCGGCCUUUAUGUUUGAGGGUUGCCUUUGGGGCUUUCCCAUGUCGUAUGGUGUCUUUCAGCAGUACUACUCGACGCUUCCCCAGUUUGCCGGCAACCGGUACAUUGGCGUCGUCGGCACCAUUGCCUCGGGCCUGGGCUAUCUCGGCGCCCCCGUCGUGAUGCUGCUCGUCCAGCGGCACCAGCAGUGGCUGCGGCCCAUGAUUUGGAUCGGCUGCAAGUCUCUUCUCCUUUUUACCACCAGCAACAAGUUGCGACGGCCAAUCUGCAUCCUCAGCCUCGUGGCGGGCUCCUUUGCCACCACGCUCGAGAUGCUCAUCCUCACGCAGGGCGUAGCCUACGGCCUCGGCUUCCUCAUCUUCUAUUACCCAAUCCUGCACAUGGUCAGCGAGUACUGGGUCGCGCGGCGCGGCAUGGCCUUUGGCAUCUUGUGCGGCGCGUCCGGCAUCUCCGGCACCGCCAUGCCCUUUGUCGUGCAGGCGCUCCUCUCGCGCUACGGCUACGCCACGACACUUCGUGCCGUUGCCUGUGCCCUCGUCGUCCUCACGGGACCGGUCAUGCCCUUUCUGCAGCGCCGCCUGCCCGCCACCGCGCACCGUCACGGGUCGACGCCGACGCCGGCGCCAGCGCCGCGCAUCGACUGGCGGUUCCUCCGCACCGAGCUCUUUUGGAUCUACACCCUGUCCAACGUGCUCCAGGGCUUUGGUUACUUUCUCCCCGCGCUGUACCUGCCGUCGUACGCGAGCGCGCUCGGUCUCGGCGAGCGCACCGGCGCCGUGCUGCUCGCCGUCAUGAGCGUCGCCCAGGUCUGCGGCCAGUUUGCCUUUGGCUACCUCUCGGACCGCAAAAUCUCGACAAACGUGCUCGCGUCGACGGCCGUCACCGUCGCCGCCGUCGCCUGCCUCGCCAUGUGGCAGACGGCGCGCUCGCUGCCCGUGCUCGUGUGCUUUGCCGUCGCCUACGGCUUCUUCGCCAGCGGCUACACGGCCAUGUGGGCGCGCAUGUGCACAAACGUCUGCAAGGGGGGCGACGGCGCCGCGGCGCCCAUGGUCUACGGCCUGCUCAACUUUGGCAAGGGCCUGGGCAACAUCUUUGCGGGCCCCAUUGGCGGGAACCUGGUCGCUCGAGGAGCUGGCCAGUUUGGCGGCGGCGCUCUGACGUACCGAUGGGUGGUGGUGUUUACGGGCAUCUGCAUGCUGGCCAGCGCGGGUACCAUUGUGGCCAAGUCUCUCAGGCCGUUUUUCAAAGGAUACUUUUAG